AUCACACUUCUUUCAACAGAGUGGUCCCACAUUAUGUUGUUGGGAGGAGUUCUCAAGGAUGAAGGUUCAACUGCUGGGGUAGAGGUUUUGAAUCUAAAAACUAUGAAGCAAUGUUCGACCUCGGCGCCACUUCCUGAGUCUGCGUUUGGUGCUGCCUUCUUUAUUUUGGGUGGUCAAGUUCAUUUGGUUGGAGGAUACAGGAGUCAAAUCGACAAGAGAGACUUGCAUCUGUUUGACCUCAAAUCCCGGACAUGGCAAACAUCCGACCUCUUUCCAACAAAUCUGGCCGAUGCUGUCGUUGCCCAAAUCAGCCAUUUUUGGGUCCUAAUAACAGGUGGAAGUGACACCCCUAACACAACCAUAGUCCAUGUUAAUGGUUCUGUUCUCCCUGGACCUCCACUUCCCUUCCAAAUCAUGAGACAUUGUGCCUUAGGUGUGGAUGAGGAACACGUCUUUAUCGCUGGAGGGUCUAGAGAUGGCUUGGGGCCGACAAAAGAGGCUUUUAUCCUCAAUUGGGCGGAUCAGACAAAAACAACGAGCUGAGUAUUCUGGUUGGCCAAGCUAACUUUCAGAUCUUCACAUGGUCAACAAAAACAUGGCGCUCUUGUCCGGAUAUGUUGGAAACUUACACCUGGGCAAGAAUGUCGAAAUACCGAGGGGUUUUGUAUCCUUUUGGUGGAGAAACGAAUCAGAAAGUAAUGAAUACAAGAGUUUACGCAUUUGAUCCAAAUGAUGAAACGUGGACGGAAACAUCGUUAAGCAUGAAGACAGGACGAAUCAGUUUUGGCUUGUUAAAAAUUCCACCUGGAAUUGCGAAAUGUUGAGAAAACAAAUGUUCUGUGGUUUUUUUAUUGAUUGAAAAAUAUAAUUGAGAUUCA